CGCUCGCCCAGCAUGGCCAUCUCGCUGGACAAGGUCCCGAACCUCGUCAAGCUGCCACGGGAGGAUGCGCAGUUCCACAGGGACACCGUGGCCGAUCUGCUGAGUCGGAGGGACACCAAGUUUCCAGGCGCGCAACCGGUCUCGUUCGCGCGCCGCCAUCUGAAAGAGCUGGAGCGCGCCGACUACUUUCUGGCCGAGAAGACAGACGGCGUUCGCCUGCUGCUGUUCCUCACUCAGACCCACGGCCCCGAUGGACGACCACAGGAGGCGCAAUUCCUCAUCGACCGCAAGAACGACUACUACUAUGUCGAAACGGGCUACCUGCACAUUCCCCUCCCCAAGCCGCCCAAAGGCUACGACUUGCACAGCUGGCACGUCAACACCCUGCUCGACGGCGAGCUUGUGCAGCAACGCUUUCCCAAUGGCCACAAGCAGCUCACCUACAUCAUCUUCGACAUUCUUGUCCUCCGCGGGCAAUGCAUUACCGAUCGAGAUUUUGGAAACCGCGUGGGCAAGAUCUUGGACGGCGUGCUGAGUGCCUACAAGCUCUUUGCCAAGGACUAUCCCGAAGACAUCAAGGCACAACCUUUUCAGCUGACCGCGAAGAAGCCGAGCUUCUCGUACGCCGCCCCCGAAAUGUUCAAGGAGAUCUUGCCCAGGCUUCCCCACGGCAACGAUGGCUUGAUCUUCACGUGCAAGGACACUCCGUAUGUCACUGGUACCGAUCAACACAUCUUGAAGUGGAAGCCGCCUCACGAGAACACGAUCGACUUCAAGCUCCAAAUCGGCGCCUUCCCAAUGGAGGAAGACGACGAAGGGCAGUACGAGGACUUUGAUCAGAUUCCCGAAAUCGAGCUCUUGGUCUUUCACGGCGGGAACAACAACUACCAGACCUUCGCUCCGCUACAUGUCACCGAGAAAGAGUGGGAGGCCAUGAAAGCCAAAGGCGAGCAAUUUGACCACCGCAUCAUCGAAUGCUGGCGAGAGAAAGAGACGGGUCACUGGCGACCGAAGAUUGACGAGGAUGGGACACCACGUUUCCGAGAUGACAAAGAGCAUGCCAAUCACAUAUCCGUGGUCGAGAGCGUGUUGCAGAGUAUAGAAGAUGCUGUAACGGAGCAAGACCUCAUCGAUAGCUACACCGCCGUGCGAACCGCUUGGAAGCAAAGAGAGGAGGCGGCCAGAGCUCGCGCCCACCAGCAGCAACAGCAGCAGCAAGCGCAGGCAUCCGCUAGACAUAAGCCCGAGCCAGCUGCCAGAGAAGAAGAGGAUGAUGGUCCGACAUACGUUGAUUGAGGAAUGGCUGGCAUAAAGAGUACCGACACAAGCUCCAACAUCGAUGCUGCGCGGAGUUUUUUCCGGGCCUCGGCCGACGGAAAUCGUCGAAAAGGAUCUAUCACUAUGGCGAUACCCAAAGUCCACCCGUCUGCCCAGAGUAAAACCAAACGAGAGGAGAGGUUCGGAUAUCACUCAAUCAUUGCGUUGCAACAUGCGUCUUGUGCAGGAACGAAGUGGUCGGCCCGCCUGGAAGAGGCACGAGCGUACCUCGCAAACGCUGUGGCGAGCAGUAUCCCAUUAGCACAAGGCAAGCAAAGCUCCGGCCUAGGAUUCAGCGAUUGCAUUGCAUAGGCCUGGCUGAGCCGAGAUGGAGACUUUUCGCGUUGUGUUAGCAGGUCAAUUUGGCAUAGGACCAUACGACCUGGCUUAGCUCCGAGCAGAAUUUUGGAAUACAGGACAAAAUAUUACGAUGGCAUGAUACGAGUCGCUCAUGAGCGCGAACUGAGCCAAUGAGUCUAGAUAGUGGGCAUCAAAGAGCAGUGAACAGCUCAUUCGAGGAUCAAGCCGCAACACGCGGACGCGCCAGUUCUCUGUCUCACUUGCACAAUUACGAUUUCGUUCGAGGACAUUGGACGGUCCACCAGCAUGUACAAGUACAAGUGUGCAAUCCUGACGUAAACGGUGCCUGAGGAAAGAACGGACAGCAAUUUCGAUAGGAGGUACUGGUGGUCAAAUUUCUGGUCCAGAUGACCUACGGCUGAUGUCCGAAGAUAGAGGCGCAUUGUGAUCAAGCAUCUUCUCUUGGUGACACGCGUACGCAGCACAAAGACCGAUUGGGCACAACACACGAUCUGGGCAAUAGCAUAUCUUGUGCUCACAGAUCGCGUGAAUGCGUUCGCCCAUACGUGGUCCAUACAUCGUAGACCAGGAACGAGCUGGUCGCUCAACGGACAUUCAGCCCAAUGCUUCCAUUCCCGAGCAAUCGCACGCGGAAUCAAGAUUCCUGUCACCAUGUAGCAGAGCACUUUGGGCUGUGUCAGGAAACCAAAUUCAUAGUAUAUUCCAAUGGUAUAGCUUGCGAU